AUGAUGCUGCGCCGUCUGCCCCCCGCCCGGCCGGUGUCCGCGCUGUCUGUCACGAUCCUCGCGCGGUGGUGCAGCACGCAGUCGGGCAAGACGCCGACGGAGAACGAAAGGGUCGCAAACGGCGACAAGACAGUGGAGAACCACACCGGUGGGGAUUCCCUCACGAAUAUGGACACGAGUAUUGAGAAGAGGGGCGGGUUUCUGAAGCCAUCCGAUGAUGUAGUGCUGGAGUACGCCAGACACGCGCUAGAGCGGGAAGGGCGUGACAAACAGCCGGAAGCAAUUGUGUGGCAGUGGGAAACGACGCACCCACCUAUCUUAGCGAAGGGAAAACAAAAUUUUUACGACUACACUGACGACAUUCCAAAACACGUGAAGCCGUUUUGGCAUCAUGAGUACUACCAGCAACGGGAGUACUUCCGCCUGCAGCGUGAGAAACGCCCAUUAGAGGAGCGGCUGAAGAUUUGGGGUGUCGUGAUAACUUGCAUCACAGUGGCUGGUGGCAUUCUUACGCUUUUCCGCGUCUGGGUGGGACAGCCUAAGGAGAUUCGCGAGCUGCGUGAGGAGUUGCUGCAGCAAACGUACGGUAAAGUGCUGGAGCUCUCUGCCGGUCACGGCCAAAACAUCGGGGCAUACCCCUACCCUGUGCAUGAGAUUGUGAUGUGCGACUCCAACGCGCAGCAACUUCAGGCGCUGCGGUACCGCCUGCCGCAUACGUCCUAUCCCAAGUACGACGUGCGUCGUGUGCGGUCGGAGAACCUGGAGGUAUUUGCCGAUGGCGAGUUCGACUGCGUGGUGGAUAUGUUCGGUCUUUGCCACCUGCACGACCCCGUCAUGGCGCUGCGCCAAAUGCAGCGGGUGGUGAAGCCGAGCGGUCUCAUUCUGCUGCUCGAACACGGAAGCAGCCCCUACCCACCCGUCAACUGGUUCCUNGAUUACUUUGAGAACCGCCAUAAGGUGAACACCCACGGCUGCAAGUGGAACACGCCGAUCCGGGACUACCUAAAGGAGUCACGCCUGGAGAUCAAGGAGCUGCGAAACAUGCACUAUGGAACAACGUACUACGUGGUGGCGUACCCGGAAGCGCUGGAGGCUUUCAAGGAUCGCGAUGGAUCUGCGGCAGCUGCAGCCGCAGUGCAUGUCGCAUAA